CAAACGUUGGAUCAUUCAAAUCCAGUUUGAUUCGCGUUUGCAAGUAGUUCGUCACUCAUUCGCAUCACCGGAGUAGGUCUGGACCCGACUUUCCGGUCCAAGAGGGAAUGGACCGGAGUUAAGUACUGACCUCGAACUUCGAAGAUACCUAGUAUUGCGGAGUUUGUGUGAAUGCGUUGCUACGCCGGGUUGUGAUUCCUUGUGUACCUCGGUUGUCCCCAUUUCAAUGUACUGGAUUGAGUAUAACCUUGGACCUCAGAGAUCGUGUCUGAGCAUCACCUUCGAACUAUAUAAGAGGAAGGUCUUCCUCUUCUAAAACUUAAUUGCCAAAUCAACCAGCAUCAUGUCUUCCAGAACCGACUUCAACGCUUUGACCUCAGCCACAGAGAUUGCCGCGACAUAUUCUGAAAUCCUCACCGGCAAGACUAUCAUCGUUACCGGCGUCUCGCCGGAUGGUCUUGGUCUGGCCACUGCUGCUGCCUUUGCAUCCCAACGUCCGCAGCGCCUCAUCUUGACGGGCCGAUCCCCUGAAAAGGUACAGACCUCCAUAAGUACUUUGGAAGCGUUGCAUCCAGGCGUUCAAUAUGAUGCGCUGAUCAUGGACCUGUCUUCUACAGCCUCAGUACGCGCUGCUGCUGCAAAGCUCAAUGGAGACAAGAGUGUUCCUACCGUUGACAUUCUUGUCAACAACGCGGGUGUUAUGGCGCUUCCGGACCUUCAACUUUCCGAAGAUGGCAUCGAAAUGACUUUUGCCACCAAUCACGUUGGCCACUUCCUCUUCACGAAUCUCAUCCUGCCCAAGAUUAUCAAGGCAGCAGAGAUGACUUCAACCCUUACCAGGAUCAUCAACGUAAGCUCCUAUGGACACCAAUUCUCGCCAAUUCGCUUUUCGGACAUCAACUUUAGCAAGAUCCUUGCGAAGCUUCCCGAGGAAGAAAGUCCUGAUCUUCAAAAGGCCAGCUUCUUGACGGGCCAAGAUUGGUCCGACAAGUCUUACGUUGGCUUCCUGUCAUACGGGCAGUCCAAGACGGCCAAUAUUCUCUUUUCGGUGUCGCUUACCGAAAAACUGGAAGCCAAGUACGGCAUCAGAUCGUAUGCUAUUCACCCCGGUGCAGUCACUACCAAUAUCAACCGUCACGCCAAACCGGAGGAAAUUGAACAGGCGCUCAAGAGGGUAAAGGAACUUGGCUUCGAGACUCUCGCCAAAACACCCGAUCAAGGUGCCAACUCUUCGGUCCUCUCUGCCGUGGAUACCGAAUUGCCGAGCCCGGACCUUUCGGGCCUUGAAGCAAAGGGUCUCUACAUGGCUGACUGCAAGCUUGAUGAUGAGCAGUGCGCUGGAUUUGCGAGGAACAAGGAGUAUGCUGACAGGCUCUGGGCGCUCAGCGAAGAAUUAGUCAAAGAAAAGUUCGAUAUCUAAAUCAAGAACUGAGUGCACUUGCU